AUGUCCUUGAUGCAAGAAAAUAAAAAUUCUUCUACAAGGAAAUAUAGACAAAAAAAUAAUUUGAAAAAUAAUAGUUCUGGAAAAAAAAUUUCUAGCAGCGAAAAUGAAAAACCCCGAAAAUUAACUCAAAAACAAAUAUAUCUUAAACAAAAUCUUGAAAAACUUAAAGAAUAUGAAGAAUUGAUAACAGAAUGGCAAGAAAAGUUAUUUGAAACAGUUCAUAUGGAAAUUUUACGUGAUGCAGCAAAAUAUAUGUCCCCACAUCAUUAUCAAGAAGUUAUUGAAGAAAGAAAUGCAGAUAAAUUGUGUGGAUAUCCAAUAUGUGACAAAAAAUGUCAAGAAAUUAAAGGACAAUUUAGAAUUUCUAAUCAAACAAGAAAAAUAUACGAUAUAACAGAAUUAAAAUGUUUUUGUUCAAAGACAUGUUAUACAUCAUCUAAAUAUUAUGAAAAACAGUUAUCCGUGGAACCAAUUUAUAUGAGAAACUUGGAAGUAUGGAGGGAGGAACAUAUUGAUAUUUUACCAUUAAAUGGAAAAUCUUCUUCUUUAACAACUAAUAAUAACAAAAAUAGUAGCACUGAUCCAUCAAUUCCUGCUGAUACAGAAUUUUUUUAUGAUGCUAUUGAAGGAUUUCGUAUUGAUUACAAUAAAAAAAGCAGAACUGAUGAUGGUGAUGGCGAGAAACCCAAAACAACAUUUUUAUUACAAAAAAGUGAAAAAAUUAGCAAAAAUGAUGCAAAUCAAAAAACAAAAAUGGAAAGUUUCAUUAUUCUGAUGAUGAGAAAGAAGAAAAUCAAGAUCAUAAAAAUCAUAAUUUAA